CAUCGUUUCUCGUGUUUCGUCCAUAUUGCUUUCACCUAAAGGCGCUGGUGCUGGUUUGGCCCGUACGCUGAAAAUUGCUGCAGCCAUGACUCAGACCGUUCAAACCAACGGCAUCCAGUCCCUCAGUAAGACCUGGGAGCUGAGUUUGUAUGAGCUACAGAGAACACCACAGGAGGCUAUAACAGAUGGCUUAGAGAUAGCAGUGUCCCCCAGGUCCUUGCACAGCGAACUUAUGUGUCCCAUCUGCUUGGACAUGUUGAAGAACACAAUGACAACCAAAGAAUGUCUGCACCGCUUCUGUGCUGAUUGUAUCAUCACAGCUUUGAGAUCUGGUAAUAAAGAGUGUCCUACCUGUCGUAAAAAACUUGUUUCUAAGAGGUCGCUGCGUCCAGACCCAAACUUUGAUGCUCUGAUUAGUAAGAUUUAUCCCAGCCGUGAUGAGUACGAAGCCCACCAAGAGAGAGUUUUGGCCCGCAUUAGCAAACACAACAAUCAGCAGGCCUUGUCCCACAGCAUAGAAGAGGGGCUCAAGAUACAGGCUAUGACCAGACUGCAGCGUGGCAAGAGACACACGGUUGAGAAUGGUAGCGGAGCUGAGGACAAUGGAGACUCCUCGCACUGUAGCAACGCUUCUGUCCACAGUAACCAGGAGGCAGGCCCAAGUAUCAAGCGCACCAAGACGAGCGAUGACAGUGGUUUGGACAUGGAUAAUACUGCAGAGAACGGGGGCGGAGACUCUGUAAUAGAUGGGGGCACCAGCGAAAUAGAGUUAGUGUUUAGGCCUCAUCCCACUUUGAUGGAAAAAGAUGAUGGGCAUAACAAUGUGGAGUUUGUCCCUCGCUACAUAAAGACAUCUGGCAACGCUACAGUGGAUCACCUGUCGAAGUACCUGGCGGUCCGACUGGCUCUGGAGGAGCUGAGGAGAAACGCUGAGGCCAGUCCGGUUAAUGUAGAGGCAGCGUCUGAGAAACAGUACACCAUCUACAUACCUACUGCUGCAAACCAGUUCACUGUUCUAAAUGGCUCCUUUUCCCUGGAGUUGGUCAGCGAGAAGUACUGGAAGGUCAACAAACCCAUGGAGCUCUAUUUUGCUCCCACGAAAGAACACAAGUAAACACUCUCUACAUCCAUACAUAGACACACCAACCGGACUGAUGGACUGGGUUACACACACCAGAGGAGAGCCAUGGGCUCUGAACAAGAUCGGGGUGGUUGGUUAAACCAUCACAAAGCCUUUUAUUAAACAAAAAAGAAGGAAAAAAGAAACAUUUUGUAUUUUCUUCUCUGUCUCUCUUUAAAUGGUAGCAGAUCAGUUCAAUAGCCCUGGACCUGGACAAGUGUAGAUCCAAACAUAGUCCAUCCGUAGUCUGAAUUAGUCAUUUUCCUGGCAAAAAAAAAAAAGUUUUUUUUUUUUUUGUGUGUGAAAUGCUGUUUGUUGUGAAUAUGGUGUGUUCCCAACAUGGUGGCCUUGCAUGUCACUGUGUGACAAAGACCAACUUUGUCCAAACAGUCCAGGAUUUGGACAGGUUGAUUGUUUCUUUGAUCAACAGAAAGAAAAACGAAAAAACAAACAUUAAAGACAUUGGCAGACAAACACUGCCUGUGUUUCUGUGUGGGAUGCAUUUGAUGAACAUUUAAGGUUGAAUAUGUUUUUCUUUUCAAAAAGACUAUUUGAAACAACCUGCUCUUUUUUUAAAAACCUAACCUAAAUUUUAUGUUCUAGGAUGGGGUUAGCUAAUCGUAGCUGAGCUGCAGUCUAAUGAACACAAUGGUUAGAAUGUAUACAUGUACAUGUACAUUUUACAUCUGAAAAUGACCCUUUUUGUUUGUUUUUUUGGUGACACUUAAGGUUGUAAAAUGUAGGAAUUUGACGACUUGUCUUAGUUGGACUGUCCAUAUUUGUUUCUUGUACAAACUGUGCUGUGAUUUUGUGCUUUCUAUGGCUUGUCCUUUUAUAAAUGUUUUUUUUAACAUGGA